CGUCCACUCUCAAAUUUCUACGGAAAGCACGCGCGACGCAGUCAGUCUCAGCAGUCGUCUGGCUGGCGGCGGAGGCCUUUUUGUGGCCUAUGGCCUUGUAUAUUCCGUGCCAAUUUCGCCAGAGGCAAUAGCCUCGUGAUGGCGAUGCUAUUCUGGCGAGGUAUUUGGUCAUUUGCAUGCGCUGGGCCACAAGACGACUUUUCAGGGCCCCGUUCCGGUGGUGUGGGAGAGUCGGUGAGAGGAGAGUUGCUAUGUUGCUUGUGCUCAGAAACCUGCCGAGAACCAGAACAGGGCAACAUCCCAUGCAGACACACAGCAGCAGAGUCGCAGACAGACCGAAUGACCGACAGACAGACCGACGGGCAUCCUUUUUCAGCGCGUUGCUCUUCAAAUGAUUGCAAUGUUGGUAUCGGGCGUUUUGAUGGCUCUUGGCCAUGUCUUGGUAUAUUCCUACCUACCUACUCCGUACUUACAGAGUGCUGUUGCAGGAUGGGAUGGACUUCAAGUAAGGUGUGUGUACUGCCGGGUUUGGCUCUGGUCGGUCUGGCCUGGUCUGGCUCUGGAGGAAUCGAUGGGAAUGGAUUAUCAGGAGUUUGGUUUCUAGAAGCGACUGGCGAAUGGACCGCCAGACAGAAGAGAAAGGGCUUCUGCUCGUGCUGAGGUAACAACGAGGGAGGGUCUUGAUUCGCAGACACAUGCACCGCACCGCACUGCCAAUUCUCUGUUUGCGCCUGUGCCCCUUUCCAUCCAACUCUCGAGAUCAGCCAAGCCCCCCCAAGUCUCCAUGUCCCUUGCAGGGUCGAGCUACCCGAGCCAGGGCCUGCCGGGGGUAGCAAUCGAGGUAGCCCCUGGCCGAAGGCUACAACCAAGAGCCAAGAAUACUACCCAAGACCCUUGCUUUGGCCCCCACUGACGCUGCUGAUUCGUCCAAGCCACCCCAGCUGCCCGCCCCUGGCGAGGACCCUCCGU